AUGUCUGGACGUGGAAAAGGCGGUAAAGUGAAGGUAAAAGCAAAGUCACGGUCAAAUAGAGCAGGAUUACAAUUUCCAGUUGGCCGUAUUCAUCGGCUUUUAAGAAAGGGUAAUUAUGCCGAACGCAUUGGAGCCGGAGCACCAGUUUAUCUGGCAGCAGUAAUGGAAUAUCUGGCUGCUGAAGUACUCGAGUUAGCCGGAAAUGCUGCUCGUGAUAAUAAAAAAACUAGAAUUAUUCCGAGACAUUUGCAACUUGCGAUCCGAAAUGACGAAGAAUUAAAUAAACUAUUGUCUGGCGUAACUAUUGCUCAGGGCGGUGUCCUACCGAAUAUACAAGCUGUUUUGCUUCCAAAAAAAACAGAGAGGAAAAUAUAAUUAAAAAUUUGCAAAUAGAAAAUGGUUCUUCUUAGGACCACCAGAUUAGUUGUUCUUUAAGGUGUUAUCUCUUUGUUAUUAUGUAAUUAAUAUAUCGAUGUAAAAAACUGUUCUAAAUAUAUACAAAUGUCAUUCUCUAUA